UUACAGAGCAUUCGAGACGACAUCGCACUCAUCAAGAUGAUACGUACAGCGACACUGGAUGAUCCGAUCUCGAGGCUUGGUCCAGAAACACUCGAACGCAUUCGAAAUCCUCGUUGUCACCCUCUCCCUCCGUUGAGUCCGACACUCGAUCUUGCCAUCACCACUUAUCUCGCGCUGGAACACUCCUCUAGGCGCUCGUACGAGGACAUACGCCGGGCACUGCAGAGGACGCUUAAAUGCGAGCUUCCCUCCUUUCACUCUAUCGAAAAGUCGAUCGCCGAGCUCACGGGCGUUGAAGCAAUCGAAAACGACAUGUGUUGGGACUCGUGCAUGGGGUUUACCGGGCCGGAUGCAAAUCUGCAAGCAUGCUCUCGUUGUCAUAAGCCCAGAUACGACCAAGAUAUCCUCAACAGAACUGGUGGUAAGAUACGGAAGUCUCGCAAGUUUUACACGUAUCCUCUGGCAACACAGCUUCAGGCAGCAUUUGGCGACUGGGACAAUGCCAAAGACUUAGGUUAUCGCGUCGAGAGGACGCACGAACUUCUUGACCGGCUUUUCAACAACAAGACGCAGAUACCUUCCUUUGAAGAUUAUAUCGACGGUACUGACUAUCUUGAGGGCGUUCUGGACGCCAAGAUACAGGACAACGACAUCGUGGUCAUGUCUUCGAUGGAUGCUGCACAGCUUAUUGACUCCCAGCAAUCCGACGUUACAAUUUAUGUCUGGAUUAUCCUCGAUUACUCUCCUGACAAGCGUUACAAGAAGAAACGUGUUCUCAUUGGAGGAGUUAUCCCUGGACCAAACAAACCUUCGAAUCUCGAGUCAUUCUUAUUUCCAGGCUUUCACCACGUAUCUGCUCUUCAACGGGAGGGUCUACAGAUAUGGAACGCAUACCAGAACAGGAAGUAUCUGUCCCGUGUACAUCAUCUCUUCCCACUCGCUGACGCACAAGGUCUGAUAUAUUAUAACGGCAUGUGCGGGUAUUGCGGCAAGAAUGGGUGCCGUCUCUACUGUGGCAUCCUGGGACGGCGAAAGGCAACAGGUACUCGGUACUACCCAGCGAUGCUUCGUCCUCAGGGCCACUACCAUGUCCAGGGGUGUGAUCAUGACGACAUUCCCCUAGCUUCUAUCCCCCAGCCAGCCUGCGCAGAUUACUCGGUCAAUCUUGAGCACCUGGUUUCGUCCGCAAGUGUAACAGAAUACGAACGCCGUCGCAAAGAAACUGGAAUUGUCAAGCCUCCAAUCCUACUGGGACUUCAAUCAACGCACACGCUCCCUAUCCCCCGCUGUAUGACUAUUGAUAUGAUGCACGAACUUGGCAAUCUAUUCUCCCUCCUCGUGUCUCUUUGGCGCGGUGAAUUGGCCUCUUUUGGCGACAGACCAGAGCUCUGGGACUUUGGGGUUUUGUUUGACUUAGACGUGUUCAAGGCACACGGGCAGGAUGUCGCUGACUGUGGCAGACACCUCUCUGCUGAGCACGAACGCAAGCCGCGCGAUCUAUAUGAAAAACGGAACUCGCAGUACAAGUCAAUCGAGUGGGAGACUUAUGGUCUAGGCUACGCAGUGGCUCUGCUAUACGAAGUUCUACCUGAGAAGUACUGGCGACAUCUCUGCAAACUUGUUCGUGCGUUACGGCUCCUCUGUCAAUAUCGGAUAUCUCGUGAAGAUCUUGAAGAGGCGGACCGUCUCCUUUCUUCUUGGGUCAUGGAAUUUGAAGAGCUAUACUAUGAGCGACGCGAAGAUCGCCUUCACUUUGUGCGCCAUAUUAUCCACCAACUUACUCACUAUGCCUCCGAGGUCUAUGCUAAAGGUCCUCCCAUCAUAUAUGCGCAGUGGACAAUGGAGCGCACCAUCGGAAAUCUGGGACGGGAGAUCCGCCAGCCAUCGCAUAUAUACGAGAAUUUAUCACGCGAAGGCUUACGCCGAUGCCAGGUGAAUGCUCUGAAGGCUCUGAUACCAGAACUAGAUCCCAGCGAGACACCGCCUCCACCCCGUGUGUGUGAGGAUCUCGGCGACGGCUUCAUGUUACUCCAUACAAAGUCCAGAUACGACACGAUCCCCCAAGGCGUUUUCUACGAUGCGAUUGACAAGUACCUGGGCGAAGGUCUCUCUCCACGACGCUGCCAUCGCUGGGCCAGGCUCAAGCUCCCCAAUGGCCAGGUCGCUCGCUCUGCAUGGCGAGAACGCCUGCGAGUCCAGGAAGCUACGAGAAUAUCUCGAAAUGUCAAGUUUCUUGAUGGCACGAAGACCCGGAUAGGUGAAGUUGAUCAUUACACACACCUAGCCUACAGCACGACAGACGAGCAGGGAAACAGAAUCAUACACCGUGACGGUGUUGCUAUAAUUCGUCCUUAUUCUGACCCGGAUAGCGACCUUUUAGGACUAUCCUAUGGUGGAUUCGUAACGUGCACUCUGCUCCCUGAGUCAGAGAUAUUUGCCAUCAAUGUCAAACAGAUAACAAGUAUUGUCGCCAUGAUUCCGCAUCACCCAACUAUCCCCUCCACAAACGAAGAAGAAGAACGGUUCUUCAUGUUUGAAAAACCAGGAUUUGACGUCACGAGGUUUGUAGACAACGAUGACUUUAUAGAUGAUGAAGCCGAGGACGAAGAAAGCGGCAAUGCACCGUAG